GCGCCUGCUCGCUGGCUGGCUGGGUUGCUUGCUUUGCUUGCUUGUUUGGGGUGGCGAUGGAGGUGAUGAUUCCGGACCCAUCGGAGCCGUAAUUUCCUCUCCGUCCGAGUGCUGGGCCAGCUCCGCACUGUCUGCAUCCCCGCUCUUUUGGGUCGAAUCUGUUUGUCGGCAGGGACCACUCAUGGUCUUGCAAUGGUCUGUCGGAACGAAGGAAUGAAUGAGUGCCUGGCGUCGCCGACUGUUGCCAAUCACUGGGGGCUCUAUUUGAUCAUGCUCCGGCUGCACUGUAGGUUGUCGUGACGUUUCUCGGUGGCGUGUAGCGUUUCAAGGGCUUGGUACUGGACGUUGCAGCGCAUUCGAGGAGGAACUUGACUGACAGCUUUCGAGGCUUGAGGUUUUGACGAUUCGGUGAUAUCAAGCGCAUGACCUUCAGCUGUGUAGGUGCAGAAAAGACGAGUGGGGUGUGAUGUCGGAUUCAGGGGAGCUGAAUCAACAAAUGUAUGUCAGUGAUGUUCAGAGAGAGAAAGUGCUCAUGGUGGGAGCUGGUGGCAUCGGGUGCGAGCUUUUGAAAACGCUAGUGCUCACUGGUUUCAAACACAUUCACUUGGUCAGUCAUUCUGCAGAGUCGACAGUCUUCUCCACAAAACCUUACAUUUGAUGAAUAUGUUGGUGAACAUCGUCUCCAUUUAUGCUCUGAAAGAUUUCUGGUCGUGCACAUGUGGCUCACCAUUGCCGCAAAUCGACAUGGACACUAUAGAAGUGAGCAACCUCAACAGGCAAUUUCUCUUUCGCAAGAGCCAUGUGGGACAGUCAAAAGCGAGGUUCUCAAAUUUCGGCCCGGGGUGGAAAUAGUUGCUCAUCAUGCUAAUGUAAAAAAUCAAGAGUUUGACAUUGACUUCUUCAAGCAGUUUAGUGUGGUGUUGAAUGGCCUGGACAACCUGGACGCACGGCGUCACGUGAAUCGCAUGUGCUUGGCUGCUGGCGUACCUCUGGUAGAGAGUGGUACUACUGGCUACCUUGGUCAGGUGACCGUGCACAUUAAGGGACAGACUGAGUGUUAUGAGUGUCAGCCUAAGCCAGUACCUAAAUCGUAUCCAGUUUGUACCAUUACAAGUACUCCCUCCAAGUUUAUUCACUGCAUUGUAUGGGCAAAGGACUUGGCGCUAGCAAAACUAUUUGGUGACAAAGGCCAAGUUAGUGAUCUGGAUGUUCGGCCCACGUCAAAUGAAGACAAUGCAGUUAGUAACGAUCCUGAUGAAACGCAAUUCUUUGAAGUAAGAAGCGGUGAAAGCAGUAGGGCAUAUGCAGAGCGUGUGUUUGAUCGUAUAUUUGGUCAAAACAUUGUAACGGCUCUCCGAAAUGAAGAUACUUGGAAAGCAAGAAGACGGCCUGACCCCCUAUUCCUUAACAAAAUUUUCUUUGAAGACGAUGCAGUGACAAUGAAUGGUGUAUGUUCAAGUAUCGACAACGUUUCCGCCACGGCUAAUUUGGGCUUAAAGAACCCUCAAGAAGUCUGGAGUGUGAAGGAAAACUCAAGUGUUUUUUUGGAAUCGGUUGAACUGUUUCUUGAGAAACGAAGCAAGGAUGUUGGGAAGCUAGUUUUCGACAAGGAUGAUCAAUUAGCGGUGGAAUUUGUUACAGCUGCUGCCAAUUUGCGGGCUCAUUCUUUUGGAAUUCCUUCGCAAAGUCUAUUUGAGGCUAAGGGCAUGGCUGGCAACAUCAUUCAUGCUAUUGCUACUACCAAUGCAAUUAUAGCAGGACUUAUUGUUCUUGAAGCCCUUAAGCUUCUCAGCAACAGGGCCAAGGAGUGUCGGAUGACGUUCUGUGUUGAACAUCCUUCAGGGAAAAUGCUGCUGAUGCCAGUGGACAUGGCUGAGCCCAACCCGCGCUGCUAUGUCUGUUCCGAGACGCCAUUAGUAUUGGAACUGAACACCGCUACAGCUACAAUGAGGGAGGUGGUUAAGAAGGUGGUGAAGCGCAAGCUGGGUGUCACAGAUCCUGUUAUCAUGCAGAGCUCUACUCUUCUACACGAGGCAGGCGACGACAUUGAGGAGGAUAUGGUGGCUUAUUACACCACUCUUUUGGACAAGAAGUUCCAAGAUUAUCCAACUCCCAUUACAACAGGAGUGGUGUUGACGAUCGAGGAUUAUCAUCAAGAUUUCCGAUGCAGUCUCCAUGUUAAGCACAGAGAGACGUUCGACCAGGAGAAAGAGCCAGAAGGGAUGGUACUCUCCGGAGAUCUUGCUUCUCUCAACACCACAGAAACUGCUGCUGAAUCAACCUCAACGCUCAAUGCCUCAUUAAAAGCCGAGAAUGGACACACUGAGGUGGAAGAUGACGACGUCGUCAUGGUCGAGCUGGCACCGAAGGCUGCUACUGCUGGUACCAAGAGAAGAAUCGAGGAAGAGGAGACGCAGCAUACUGAGAAGAGAUUGCGAGUAAUGGAAGUGUGACAUUGACGAUCACCAUUCAUUCAAGCCCCAAGUUUAGAACAAACAGGAUAAUGUCCAGGGUUCAGAAGUGUAAGCACCCUCAGGUGCUUGAGACUUGACUCCUUACGCUUUCCUGUCGGUUCUCUGGUUUUCUCGACCAUUCAUGGUUGCCGUAGCCGGUUUGAUUGUUGUUGGUGACACCAUUUGCAGACCCAGAGCAAAGCAGACUCUGUUCUGGUCUUCAAGUCGGAAGUGAUCGACGGAGAGCUGCACGCACCAGAGUGACCUUGAAGCUGAAGUUAACUGUCUGCAUUGUGCCGUGCAUCUUUGCAUUUCGGGGCCUGUAUUUUUUCCACUGGUUCGGAACCCCUGAAUUGAUGCAGAGGGGGAGCCUGCGCUAGUUAAUGCUGCAUCAUACUGUUUUUUGUGGUUGGGUCUCAGGGUCACACAUCAGCUUGCAAAUGCUGUGGUCUUUCUUGGCUGUAAACAAUCUGGGGUUGCAUCUUCUGCUUCAUUAGAUUUUCCGGUCUGGACUUCUAACAAACAAGUAUAAACGGUGUUAAGUUGAACACCGUUGUCUUUUGAAACACAAUAAAGUGAACAACACAAAUGAUGCAAAAAAUGGACCACAUUGAUUUUAUGCUAUUAUGUAAAAUAUUUAAAAUUA